AUGGAAAGUGACUGGCGAGAAAUAUUGAGUUUAACACAAAACGAAGUAAGGGAUAUUGAUAAGGAUAAAAUAUGUGAGAGUUUGGCUUGGAUGGAGUCAGACGAUAUAGAUCUUAACUUUUCUGACUUAAAAGCUCUCUUUAGGCUUGCCCAAGAUAUUUUAAAAUACAAAACUGAACAGGUAAAUGGAUUAUUAGGGAAGUUAGAAAUUAAAAGUAAAAAAGCUAAAUCUAAAAAGAAAAAAAUAGUUACAGAUUCGCCUGAUAAAAGUUCUGAUGAUGUUGACGAAAAAAUUUCACGACAAAAAGAAAUAAUUAAAAACAAUAAAGAGGUUAUAGAACAAUUAGCUAACGAGAUCACUGAAUUAGAACAAAGGAGGAGCAAGCUUCAAGAUUCUUUGGAAAAAGCAGACGUUGAUAGUGAAUCCAGCCGUAAUACUCUAUCAGAGAUGAAUACCAUCGCGCAACUAGAAUCCGAUGUUCUUAAAAGAAACAAACAUAUAAAGAAGUUGAUGACAGAUAUAUCAGUACUUGAGGAAGAGAAUUCUCAGUUAAAAGAGAAACUGGCAGUUCUCAGAGAUAAAUUAAAAGAAUCGACUGUAAUAAUUACUAACAUAACUGAACAGCUACUUUCUAAGAACAGAGAAAAUGACCAGUUAAAAGAUGUAAUUGGUUCUUUAGAAAAAGAUAAAACUGAACUCGAAGGAGAGAUAGAAAAUCUCAAAACAGAUAAUAUUGACUUCGACAGUAAGUGCGAAAAAAUUGAAGAGGAUUACAAGACUAAAAUUCAACAAUACAAGAAUUUAUUGAAAGUGCAUAAAAAUGAAAUUCAACACUUGGCUGACAGAAACAUUGAAUUACAAGAAAGUCUACGUCAAGCAUCACAUGUUACUACAUCUCCUAAAAGACAACUCGUCAAAGAAGAUGCUAAAGUACGGGAGCUGCAAGAAAAAUUACUUGAAGCCUCAGAAGAAAUUUUACAUUCUGCCAAUUUAAUCAAAAAAUUAAAAACUGAAAUCAAACAUUUAAAAUUUACAAAGCAGGAUAGGCCCUUUAAAAUAGAAUCUGAAAAGAGAAACGAAAGUGACGAUGGCAAAGAAAGAAAUAUUAUCAGUAGUCUAAACAAAAAAAAUAAAGAACUUACAGCAGCUCUACAUGGUGCUGAAGAAAUGGUGUCUAUUCGGGAACAAGAGAUAGCUGAAAUCACGUCGCAAUUACAACUGUUGCAAACAGAUGAGGGAAUAAAUUCGCUCAUUAAAGGUAUAAAAAGUAAGAAACGAGAAUUAAAAAUCAAAGAUCAAGGCAUUAAAUCCUUAGUUAGUGAAGUUAAUAAUUUAAAUCAAAUAAUCGAUAAUUUACAACUUGAAAAUGAAUAUAUGCGAGAAAAAUUAAAUAUACCUGUUAAUAAAAAGGUUCCUACUUAUGGUAUUUUACAAAAACAUGAGGAAAUGAGGCAUAAAGUAAAUACAUUAGAAAAAACCUUAGAAGAAUGUGAAAAUAAAGUGAUAACUCUAGAAAUGGAGAUCAAAGAAAAGAACGAUGAAAUAAAAACAAUGCACUUAUUUAUGAAGGAAUCAGGUAUUGAUACCAAAAAUAGAGGUGAACGUGAAAUUAAUACAGAAAGUAAUUCUACAGAGCAGAUGUUGUCCCGAGAAAGUUUAUUAGAAGAAAAUGAGGGCUUAAGAAAUGGUUUAACGGAAAUUUUAAACUUCCUCAAAGAGAAUAGUUCAAGUACUUCUGGAAUAUUAGCCGUGCAAUGCCCAAGCCUAGAUGCUUUGUUACAAUCAAUGGAAGCGCGUCGAUUGUCUGGUUGGUUUUCACCCCAUAUGAAAACUAUUAUUGAACUAAGAACGGCAAUAGGCAGCAGAGAUGCUUUACUAACUGCUUUGCAUGAGUCCAGAAAAGAAACGUAUGAAAUUAUCAGUAAAUUAAACGACGAAACAAAUAAAUCUUUAGAGCUUCAAAAGCAGUUGGAAGAAUUGAAAUCAGAAGAUAAAAUAGUAAAACAGUCUAAAGAUAGAGCUGUUAAUGAAAGUGAACUAAAGUUUUGUGACCAAGGAUCAUGGUUACCGCCCAAUGAGCUACUGGAUAUAGAUGUAACAGACAAAGAAAAUUUAGACAAUUUUAUAAUAAAAUCAAAUAUAUUAUUUGAGAGCCAACUGAAGCAGAGCCUUCAAUAUUUCCAAAACAAGUUUACUCAAUUACAUGAUGAAUUUAAUCUUAUGACUGUUAAUUUUAUGAGUAAUAAGAACAAGUGGUCCCUACAAGAAGAACAGUAUAUUACUCAAAUAGAAAGUCUUAAACAGAAAAUACAAGAAUAUGAUGAAGAUCAAUCAAGUAAUCAUUCACCUGGUUUAAUAAAUACAGUGAGUCAAUCUUCCUUAGAAAGAAAAUGUUUAUAUUUAGAAGAAAUGUAUACAAAUUUGAGAACCGUAAAUAAAAAUCUUAAAGAAGAGUUUUUAGAAUUCAAAAAACGAGCUAUUUUACAGACGUCUGAAUAUGAACUAAAAAAUUUCAAUUUAUUGACAACUGUUAUUCAUUUAACCGACAAAAUACGAAAUACAAUCCCUGUAAAUGUAUUCAUGCGUCAAAACAGUUACUUGAAUGAUCAUAUCCUAAAGUAUCGACAAAUUUUGGAUAAUAAUGCCUUCAAAUAUAUUGAGUCUGUUGAUUUAACUAAAAGGCUAGACUGUGAUAGACUAAACCUUAUUAGCCGCUUACAUGGAAACACAAAUAUCGAAAAUGGGGACAUGAAUGAGACUAUAAAUAAAAAGCUAGUCUCCAUAGAACAGACUAUUGUUCAAACACAAAUGAGACAGAUUCUGUCCGAGCUAGACAAAAAAUCCAAAGAAAUCGAUGAUCUAAAAGACAAACUUGCAAAAAUACAAGACAAUGAAGCAAAAUUACUUGAUAAAUUACAAUUUAGCCAACCAGACUCCGAAGUUAUUAUGCUAAAAAAUGAAAUAAAAAUUCUAGAAGAAAAUAAUAAACUAGCAAAUGAAAAAAGUCAUCACUUGAGUACCCAGUUGGAUGUAGCACUUGCACAGUUGCGCGCUAAGGAGCAAAAUCAUGUCAAUAAUGAAAUAGAAAUAAAUAUGCUGAGACAUCAAAUACUCGAUCUUCAAUCUAAUGGAAAUAGCAAUAUAAUCAUCGCAAGGCUUAGUGAAGAAAUUCUUUCGUCUCGAAUACAAACUUCAGAAAGAAUUCAAGCUAUUGAUAUUCUGAACUCAAACCUAAGCAAGGAAAGAGAAGUACGUAUCGACUUAAAACAACAACUUUUGAACUACCAAAAACUUUCAGAACACAAUAUUAUUAAGUAUGAAAAUAAAAUAAGGACAUUACACGAAGUUAUAAAUCUACUGCGAGAGCAAUAUAAUGGAUCCAUACCGUUACUAUCAGUCGAAAAUUUUAUAAGCUCCUUGGAAGACAUUUAUCAUAAAAAGUAUGAAGUUAAUGAAAAACUAAAUGAAAUAGAUGAUAUUCGAUCUGAUUUUAUAAGAAAAAACAAUGCUUAUAAACAAAUCAUAGCACUCUUUCAGAAUUCAUGCUUAGACGAAGCUGAAAAUUGUCCUCAUUUAUUGAAAAAUGUUAUAAGUGAAAAUAUUCAAUCCUCAGAGUUGGAAUAUUAUAAAGACAAGCUAAAAACAUUUGAAAGUUCACACAGAAAGUUAAUGGAAAAAUAUUAUGAUCUUGAGAAGAACUUUCAUUUACUAAAUCAACCAUCACACUGGGAUAAAAAAAGCAAUAACUUGAAUGGAAAUGGGCAGCAACAAUUAUUUUUAGAAGAUGUUCAUUCUGAUGACGAAAAAAGUGAAGGAAAUGAAACAUACACCGUUUUGAACGAAAAAAGAAAUAAUGCUUUCCAUUCUCAAAUAAAAAAUAGCAAAAACCAGGAACUUUUACUGCAGGAUGAUAACCAGGUAAAGAAAAUUAUGGAUAAGAGAAAUAAAGUUGACGUAGAAGUUCAAAAAAAUAUUGAAAUAAGUGCAAAAGAAGUGCAAACUGAUGGUGAAAAAAAAGAAGUACAAACUGAUGGUAAAAAAAUUCUCGAGUUAACGAUGACCUUAAAUAAUAUAACAUCAGAAAAUAAACAAAUCGAAAAGCAUCUUUUGGACUGUAAAAAUGUAUGUCAACAACGGCUAGAGGAAAUAAAUUUGCUGAAACGGCAAAACAUAGAAUUCGAUUCAAAAGUAAAAUUAUUAAACGACAGCUGUAAGCAAAAAGACAAAACCAACAAAGAUCUGCAAUCAAUUAUACAAAGUUUAAGGAAACAGCUAGAUGAUCACAAUAAAAAACAAUUAUGGCAGCAACAAAAUACAUACGUAAGUACUAAAGACAAUGAAAUACUUGUUGAGAGUCUUAAAAAAAUUGAUGCUGAUAAAAAUACAAUAUUGACUGAAUAUAAAGAACUUUUAAAUUCUGAAAAGGACAAUUUUAGAAAAAGUACAAAAGAACUUCAAGCUAAAUUAAUUGAUCUACAGGCCAAAAUAGACCAAAGUGAAACAAUUGAACAGGCAGUUUCCAGUGAAAAUCAUCUUAAAGAAACGUCUACUAAAUACGCUUCUAAAAUCGUUGAUUUAGAAGACAAGUGUUUUAAUUUGGAAAGGACCUUGGAAGAAAAUGUCUCAGAAUUAAAUAUAUGCAAAGAUGAAAUAAGUCGUUGGAAAAAUUUGGCAACAGAAAGACUUAACAAAAUAGAACAACUCAGUGCACAAUCUAAGGAUAUGCGCAACCGAGAGAUGGAAUCUUAUAAAUCGGAAAAUCAACAUUGGAUAACGCAACUAAGCGAAACACAAAGGGAACAAGUCGAAUUAAGGAAUAAACUUUCCGAACAGAAAACAAUACAUUACAAGCAGAUGACUGAAAAAGAUAAUCAAAUAGAGCAACUUCGGUUUACUAUUAAGAACCUCAAGACACAAGUCACAAACAUGCAAAAUAUGUUUUCGCUACACGAUCCUAAUUUUGAUUUAUCAGCAAUAGUGGAAGUUGACGAAAUAAGCGAUGGAAUUUCCCAGCAAGGCUCAGAUAAAUUAGAAAUCAAAUUUGAGUCGUCUACAGAUUUAAAUGAUAGUCAAGACGAUGUUAAAGUACCCAGUAGCUCUACGAUGAUUUGGCAAGAAACGUUAAUUGAGCGACUGCGUCAAGAAAAACAGUUGAUAAACAAACAGAAUGCAAUGCUAAGGAGACAGAUCAAGGCCCUGGCUGCUAGAGAGAGACGGGCACGGUUGGACGCACAGAAUCUUAAAAAUCAAGUUUUUCGUAUCACUACGAAUGGCAGUAAGGUGCCAACUGCUGAAAGCGCGGCGCUUCAGGGCAAGAUCGCAUCACUCCAGGCUCAGCUAGGCUCGGCCAGACGGGACGCUCACUCGAGUGUCGCUAUUUGGGAUAAGUGGAAGAGAGCGCAGCAAGCUUCGGAAAGAUGGCAAACAAAAUACGAGGAAAAAUGUCAGGAAAUAAAGAAAUUGGAAGUCAGUCUGAAUUUAGCUAAGUCAGCGGUGAGUAGGUUGGAAAAGGAAAAACGGAUGUUGUUAACAAGUUUAAAUGAAAUGAGACAAGAAAAACAAAUAACAGAAAAACAAGAAGAAGAGAAAGUGGAAAAGCUAUUUUCUUACAGUGAAGCUAGCAAUACGCCGUCUACAGAAGCCCUUCUGUCGCGAAUUGCGGCACAACAGCGGAGAAUCGUUGCGCUAGAAGUUGCUGAAAAGGGAAACGAGCCAUUAGUUUUAGAAUAUGAAAAAUCCUUAGCGGAAAUAACGUCACUCAAAGGACAAGUUCUCAAGUUGGAGUCCACUCUGUUAGAGUCGCAGAUCCGAAGCCCCGUCACUCCUAAGAAGGAUCAUGAACCAGAACUCAAACAUUGGAAAAAUUACUGUGACACGCUGAAGGAAGAGAAUAUGCAGCUGACCCUGCGGCUCAACUCCUGUGAGAGUGUUCCCACCACGACGCAUCAGCAACGAAUCAGUGACCUUGAACAGACUGUACUUACGUUAAGAGGACUAGUUAGUAAGUUACAGUCCGAACAAAAAACUGUGACACCGAGCAGGCGAAUAGAAAAUAUUGGCGGUCGAAGUCAUCCAGAUAAAAUACGUUAUCAACUGGAAACCUAUCGAAUUGAAAUAACAAACUUAAAACGAAGUUUACAAGAUAAGGAUCUGCUGCUGGAAAAGUCGAAGGAAAUGCUCAAAAUGGCCGCCGAGAGAGAAGAAGAGCUGUUGCGUGAGAACUCGGUUCUGCAUCAUCAGCUCCAAGAAAUGAUGGAGAGUAGAGGCGGAUUUUUGUCAGCUUAAACUCUUUUCCAGUACCUACGCAUAAAAUUUGAUUAACUUGCAUAGGCACUUAGCUAUUUUUAAAUGACAA